AUGUAAUUUGAUUUUAGUAACAACCAAACUUAAAUAAUGGCAUCUAUACUUUAUUGUCUGGAAUAAACGAUGAUGUAUAAAAAGAAAAAAAUUAUACCAUUUAAAUUAGCUCAUUCUGAAUUCUCAUAACUUACAGAUAGACAAGAAAAAGGAAACAAACGUUGAAUUAUAAUAAAAAGAACAAAGGCAAGCAAAUAAAUAAGAGAGAAGGUUAGGUACCAAUAGAGUAUUUUGGGUAGAGCUAACCGCAUGUUCAAGUCUUGGAAUACUCUUUACUCUAUAGCAAUUAAAAUACGAAACAAAACCGUAAUUUGUUCCUUUAAUUAAGCUGAACAAUGAGGAACUGUAAAUAAAAUUGGAGUAAUAAAUAUAUGAGUAAGUAAAAAUUAAAAUAAUAUUGCUCGGUUUAAGGCAACAAUUCCAAAGUAUCUUAUUUAAAGUAUUGUCAAGCGAUUACAAUCAUAGGAUUCGGACAUACAAAAUAUCAGUUGAGAUUAGUAGAUCAAUUUCCUAAAGCUUAACUGAUUUAAUAAAAUAGAUGAAUUAUAGGUAUAGAGUUUAAAGUAGCGAAGAUUGUCAGACGAGAAUGGUAUUUUUAUGAAAUUAGAGUUCAAGAUUAUGGUAAUCCUUUAGGAUUAAAUAAAUCUGAUAUGCUUGUUUCUUUAAAAACUCUUUGUUCUAUGGCUUAAUAUUUGAAAUCUGAAUUGCUAGUAGUAGGAAUUUAAUGAGGGGUUAAAUGGCAAGACAUGUGAAGUUAUAAUUAGAAAAGAAUUGAAAGAUAGGGUUAAUUUAGAUAUUCGUAUUUUACUCUUAGGGGAGAGUAGAUCUGGAAAGACCUCUUUUUUUGUGAGAAUUAUGUGCAGGAGAUUGGAUUAUGAUUAUGGAUUAGAGAUCUAAAAGAAAUAUCUGAAUUCUUAAUAUGCAAAACUGAAAGAGUGCCACACAAAAGUAAUAGCGAAUAUAUUUGUACCAUUGGUUUAUCUAAGGAGGUUUAACCUAAUAAUUUGGAUCUGA